GUCAGCCACCUUCAGGGACAGUCAGCAAUCCAGAAGCCGCUGCACCAUGAGUGUCUCUGUGCUGAGCACCCCCAGAGCCCUGGGCGGUGUCUCUGGGCUCCUGCAGGUGGCCUCCCUGCUCGGCCUGGUUCUGCUUCUGCUCAAGGCAGCACAGCUCUACCUGCGCAGACAGUGGCUGCUCAAAGCCCUCCAGCAGUUCCCGUCUCCUCCUUCCCACUGGCUCUAUGGGCACAUGCAGGAGUUCCAAGACGAGACCGAGCUGCGACCCCUACUGAAGAGGGUAGAGAAGUACCCAAGUGCCUGUGCUCGCUGGCUGUGGGGGACGAAAGCCCUGGUGUUCAUCUAUGACCCUGACUACAUGAAGGCGGUCCUGGGGAGAUCAGGUGAGAGGGAAACCCACAUCCCAGCAGGAGAAAAUCUUCCCUCUCGGGUACAUGGCCCUGGAUCUGUGAAAUUCCAGAAGAAAUUGGCACUACAGCCAUCAGUACCUGGCUCCCUACCAGCCAUCCUUGCAGCCCACAAGCCAGACUAAGGCCAGCAUCACUCACGCACAGUGAGUGCUUCAACACCCGGGUGGGGCUGGCUUCUCUUUCCUGUCUUACUUUCUUUCUUGUUUUAACCCAACUGAGAUGAUCCCAGGUCUGGAAGACAAUUCCCUGUCCACACUGAUGUAGGUUUGGCA